GUGGCUGCCGUCUCUGGGUGGGCCUGGCUGACCGCAGCCCUCCCCCACAGCACCGUACACCAUCAUCACCUUCCCCUUCCUCUUCGCCGUCAUGUUUGGGGACGUGGGCCACGGGCUGCUCCUGUUCCUCUUCGCGCUGGCCAUGGUGCUCGCCGAGGACCGGCCGGCCGUGAAGGCCUCGCAGAAUGAGAUCUGGCAGACCUUCUUUGGGGGCCGCUACCUGCUUCUCCUCAUGGGCCUGUUCUCCGUCUACACCGGCUUCAUCUACAACGAGUGCUUCAGCCGCGCCACCACCAUCUUCCCCUCGGGCUGGAGUGUGGCGGCCAUGGCCAACCAGUCAGGCUGGAGCGACGCGUUCCUAGCCCAGCAUGCCAUGCUCAGCCUGGACCCCAACGUCACUGGCGUCUUCCUGGGACCCUACCCCUUUGGCAUCGACCCCGUGAGUCCCCGCCAGGCGUGCCCAUGGGUGGUGGUGGCAGGGGGCGGGGCCGGGACUCCUGACGCCC